AUGACCUUGAUCUUUGUCAACCAGGCCGGAGACGGUGGUGGGGGUACACAACUUCAAUUUUACGAGGCUGGCGACGCCUUUUGGAAGGACCUACGAUAUAUACCCUUGCUUCUAACCGGAAUUUUCUCCUUCUCCCAGUUGACGCACGCUGUGUGCAGCCGUUUCAAGCCAUUAGCUCCAGCCAGAUUCCAUGUCACCAUUCUCUGUUCCAUUCUUGCAAUAUACGCUUACCGCGAUAUCUGGCCCCUGGCAAACUAUGGCUCAGUUCCAAAAGAUCAAGCGGAAGGGAAUAUCCUCUGGGUUAAGAUUGCGCUUCUUGUCGUCACAGGAGUGAUCAUUCCUUUGUUCAUACCCCAUCCAUAUGUUCCAGUGGACCCUAAGAAUCCUUCUCCUGUUCCCAACCCCGAGCAAACUGCUUCAUGGAUCUCAGCAUUAACAUAUACAUACGCGGACCCUAUUAUCAUUUUGGCAAACAAGGUCGCUCAUCUUCGACACGACCAGUUGCCACCGCUAUCCGAUUACGACUUUGCUCAGUAUCUUUCGGAAAGCGCUGCCAAGUAUGUCGACCCUUUCGCUGGAGCAAAACGUCGCCAUUUGUUUUUUGGCUUGUUAAGCUUUUUCCGUGAGUUUGAGGCAAAUCCUUUCAGUGAACUCUUAUAG